UUUGUGGACUGCCUCAAUUUUCUGAUCAUGGGGACCUCCUUCAUCUUUCUUAAAAAUUUCUUCAUUUUCUCUUCCGUUGAACCGAGUUGCCAAGAAUCUCCCCUACUCUUGGAAACUAUUCAUCUUUUAACCCAUUAAUAAUUGAUGAGUUCUGAGAGUAGGGGGACAUAGAAUUAUAAACAGAGACCUAUAUUUCCCCUAUCAAAUGGGUGCUUCUCCAUCAGUUCCACAAAAAUCAAUACACGAAUUCACCGUCAAGGAUAGCAAAGGAAAGGAUGUAGACCUCAGCAUCUACAAAGGAAAAGUGCUUCUUGUCGUUAAUGUUGCUUCCAAAUGUUCAUUCACAAACUCAAACUAUACCCAGUUGACUGAACUCUACAACAACUACAAGGAUAAAGGCUUUGAGGUCUUGGCCUUCCCUUGCAACCAAUUCUUGAAACAGGAGCCAGGGACAAGUGAGGAAGCACAACAAUUUGCUUGCGUAAGAUUCAAGGCAGAAUAUCCCAUUUUCCAAAAGGUUCUAGUUAAUGGUCCGGACGCAGCACCUGUCUACCAGUUCCUCAAAUCAAGCAAAGGUGGUUUUCUUGGUUCCAGCAUCAAAUGGAAUUUCACCAAGUUUCUGAUUGAUAAGGAAGGGAAAGUUAUCAAGCGUUAUGGCUCCACUACUACGCCCUUGGCAAUUGAGGCUGAUAUCCAAAAAGCACUAGGGGAAGAGUGAGAGGCUGUCAAGUUCAAACACUUCAGUUGAUGAGCUCAUUUUAUAUAAAUAAAAAACAGAGAAUGGAGAUAUCUUGCAUAUUCUGUUUGUUCAACCUGCAUGUGCUCUUGUAUGUCUGGGGUUCAGUUUUUGCAUGUCUCCUACCUCCCUAUUCCUAUCUCAUCAAUGUAAAUUAUAUUGAAUACAAUAUAUGGUCUCUGUUUCAUGGUACAAAAAAUGUAAAUUAUAUUA